GCUCAAAGGCGAGCCGGGGACGGCCGCUGAGACGCCCGCCGGCCCCGUCAGCGGAGUGGGCUCCGUGGCCGCGGCCGCCGCAGCCCUGAGCGGCAGGCUCGCCCGGUCGGCCGCCUUCCCUGCGGCGCGCACUGGCGGCUCGCGGCGAUUGCGGGGCGCGCUCCCGCCUCGGCCGGGUCCCCACCCUCAACCCGCCCGCCUGCCCAGCAUUGUAGGAAACCAACCUCAGAGAGGCAGACAGGAUGGCUAGCUCUGCCCGGGAGCAUUUGCUUUUUGUGCGGCGUCGAAAUCCACAGAUGCGGUACACGCUGAGCCCGGAGAACCUCCAGAGCCUCGCAGCCCAGAGCUCAAUGCCCGAGAACAUGGCCCUACAGCGAGCCAACAGUGACACAGACCUGGUGACUUCUGAGAGCCGCUCCAGCCUGACUGCCAGCAUGUACGAAUACACCCUGGGACAAGCCCAGAACCUCAUUAUCUUCUGGGACAUUAAGGAAGAGGUAGACCCCAGCGAUUGGAUUGGACUCUAUCACAUAGAUGAGAAUUCUCCAGCCAACUUCUGGGAUUCUAAAAACAGGGGUGUGACUGGAACCCAAAAAGGACAGAUUGUAUGGAGAAUUGAGCCGGGACCCUACUUCAUGGAACCCGAGAUCAAAAUCUGUUUCAAGUACUACCAUGGCAUUAGUGGAGCCCUGAGAGCCACAACCCCCUGUAUUACUGUGAAGAACCCGGCUGUGAUGAUGGGGGCAGAAGGCAUGGAAGGAGGUGCUUCUGGAAGUCUGCAUUCUCAGAAACUGGUCAGCUUCACAUUGUCAGAUCUCAGGGCAGUUGGGCUCAAGAAAGGGAUGUUCUUCAAUCCUGACCCUUAUCUUAAGAUGUCCAUUCAGCCAGGGAAGAAGAGCAGUUUCCCUACCUGUGCCCACCAUGGGCAGGAGAGAAGGUCCACUAUCAUCAGCAACACCACCAAUCCAAUUUGGCACAGAGAGAAAUACUCCUUUUUUGCCCUUUUAACUGAUGUCUUAGAAAUCGAAAUUAAAGACAAGUUUGCCAAGAGCCGCCCCAUCAUCAAGCGUUUCCUGGGGAAACUGACCAUUCCGGUGCAGAGGCUGCUGGAGCGUCAAGCCAUCGGUGACCAAAUGCUCAGCUACAACCUUGGCAGAAGGCUCCCAGCCGACCACGUGAGUGGCUACCUCCAGUUUAAAGUAGAAGUCACGUCUUCCGUCCAUGAAGAUGCGUCUCCAGAAGCCGUUGGCACCAUUCUCGGCGUCAACACUGUUAACGGAGAUCUGGGCAGUCCUUCAGAUGACGAGGACAUGCCAGGAAGCCAUCAUGACAGCACCGUUUGUGCCAAUGGGCCAGUGUCUGAGGACAGCGCUGCUGAGGGAACCCCCAAGCAUUCUUUCAGGACUAGCUCUACCCUGGAGAUGGACACUGAGGACUUAAUCUCUACUUCCUCAAGAACCUCACCUCCCAGAGGCCGCCAGGAUUCACUCAAUGAUUAUUUAGAUGCUAUUGAGCACAAUGGCCCCUCCAGGCCAGGGGCAGCCACCUCUUCUGAGCGGUCCAUAGGAGCCUCUCCCAAACUGAGGAGUAGUUUUCCCACUGACACAAGACUCAAUGCGAUGCUUCACAUUGACUCGGAUGAAGAAGACCACGAGUUCCAGCAAGACCUAGGUUACCCAUCUUCCUUGGAGGAGGAAGGAGGUUUGGUCAUGUUCAGCAGGGCAUCCAGGAGUGAUGCCGGGAGCCUGGCAUCUCAGAUCAAGCCUGAGGAGGACAACCCCGUUGAGAAUGAGGACGCCUCUGUUCAUGAAGCUGCUUCCUCAGAAGAGAGGCCAGAGAGCCUUCCAGAGGUUGCAGAUGGUUCCUUGCCCUCAAGUGCAGCCCCUGAUGACAAUGAAGCCAGCCUGGAGCCCCAUCCCAGUGCUGACCAGGGCAGCACUGAAUUGUCAGGCUCUCAAGAGGCUGAUCAGCCCACGAGUGGUGCAGACACGGGAGCCUCUGACACGUCUGGAGGGAGCCGCAGAGCUGCCAGUGAGACCGAGUCUCUGGACCAGGGCUCUGAACCUUCCCAGGUGUCCUCUGAGACAGAACCUAGUGACCCGGCCAGGACAGAGAGUGUGAGUGAGGCCAGCACCAGACCUGAGGGAGAGAGUGACCUGGAAGGUGCUGACAGCUCAUGCAAUGACAGCGUGACCACACAGCUGUCCUCGGUGGAGACACGGUGCUCAUCUCUGGAGAGUGCACGAUAUCCAGAAACCCCAGCCUUUUCUUCUCAAGAAGAGGAAGACGGGGCCUGUGCGGCUGAGCCCACCAGCAGCGGCCCUGCAGAGGGGUCGCAGGAUUCCAUCUGCACUCCCGGUUCUUUACCUGCUGUGCAGGUGCUCAGUAGGGAAGAGGAAGGGGCAGGGGCUGAGGCUGCUGCUUUGUCGGAGCCAAGGGAGCUGGGGGAGGUCUGGCAGAGGAGGGAGAGCCUGGAGGGGGCUGCUGCUACUCCUGCUGCUGCCACUGAGAGAGAGCCCCAGGACGAUGGGGAUGCUGGGGACACCCAAGGUGCCUGCGAAGGGGCCGCUGGCCAGGAGGAGGGCGCCACUGGAGGUUCUCAAGCCAAUGGGCACCAGCCAUUGCGGUCGCUACCUUCAGUGCGUCAGGACGUCAGCCGGUACCAGAGGGUGGAUGAGGCUCUCCCACCAAACUGGGAGGCGCGCAUUGACAGCCACGGCAGGAUCUUCUACGUGGAUCAUGUAAACAGAACCACGACGUGGCAGCGGCCGACAGCUCCCCCUGCCCCGCAGGUCCUGCAGAGGUCUAACUCCAUACAGCAAAUGGAGCAGCUGAACCGCCGGUAUCAGAGCAUCCGUAGAACCAUGACUAAUGAGAGGCCGGAGGAAAAUGCCAGUGCUAUCGAUGGGGCAGGGGAGGAAGCUGACUUCCACCAAGCCAGUGCAGACUUCCGACGGGAGAACGUCCUGCCCCACUCUACCUCCAGAUCCAGGAUCACGCUGCUGUUACAGUCGCCCCCUGUGAAGUUCCUCAUCAGCCCAGAGUUCUUCACCGUGCUGCAUUCUAACCCUAGUGCCUACCGCAUGUUUACAAACAACACGUGUUUGAAGCACAUGAUCACCAAAGUCCGGCGGGACACCCACCACUUCGAACGCUAUCAGCAUAACAGGGACCUCGUGGGAUUCCUCAACAUGUUUGCGAACAAACAGCUGGAACUACCGAGGGGCUGGGAGAUGAAACAUGAUCAUCAGGGCAAGGCAUUUUUUGUCGACCACAACUCCAGAACUACCACUUUCAUUGAUCCUCGGCUCCCGCUUCAGAGCAGUAGACCCACAAGCGCGCUGGUCCAUCGGCAACACCUGACGAGGCAACGCAGCCACAGUGCCGGUGAGGUAGGAGAAGACUCUCGGCAUGCAGGCCCACCAGUUCUUCCCAGACCGUCCAGUACGUUCAAUACAGUCAGUAGGCCACAGUACCAGGACAUGGUCCCAGUGGCCUACAAUGACAAAAUUGUAGCAUUUUUGCGUCAACCCAACAUCUUUGAAAUUCUACAAGAGCGUCAACCUGAUCUUACCAGAAACCACUCACUCAGGGAGAAGAUCCAGUUUAUCCGAACUGAAGGGACCCCUGGACUGGUGAGGCUUUCCAGUGAUGCAGACCUUGUCAUGUUACUGAGCUUAUUUGAGGAAGAGAUAAUGUCAUAUGUGCCUCCACAUGCCUUACUCCACCCCAGCUACUGUCAGUCGCCACGAGGCUCCCCCGUGUCAUCUCCCCAGAACUCACCAGGUACUCAGCGUGCCAACGCCCGGGCUCCAGCCCCUUACAAGAGAGAUUUUGAAGCCAAACUAAGGAACUUUUACAGGAAGUUAGAGACUAAAGGAUAUGGACAAGGCCCAGGGAAAUUAAAGUUAAUUAUCCGAAGGGACCACUUACUAGAAGAUGCUUUCAAUCAGAUUAUGGGCUACUCCAGAAAAGACCUGCAGAGGAAUAAGCUGUACGUCACCUUCGUCGGGGAAGAAGGGUUAGAUUACAGCGGGCCUUCCAGAGAGUUUUUCUUCCUGGUAUCCAGAGAACUGUUUAACCCCUAUUAUGGCUUAUUUGAAUAUUCAGCCAAUGACACGUACACAGUACAAAUAAGUCCUAUGUCUGCUUUUGUAGACAAUCACCAUGAAUGGUUCCGGUUCAGUGGGAGGAUCCUCGGUCUUGCACUAAUACACCAGUAUUUGUUGGACGCCUUCUUCACACGCCCCUUCUAUAAGGCUCUUCUCAGAAUUCUGUGUGAUCUGAGUGAUCUGGAAUACCUUGAUGAGGAGUUCCACCAAAGCCUGCAGUGGAUGAAAGACAAUGACAUCCAUGACAUCCUAGACCUCACGUUCACUGUGAACGAAGAAGUCUUUGGACAGAUUACUGAAAGAGAGUUAAAACCAGGGGGAGCCAAUAUCCCGGUCACAGAGAAGAACAAGAAGGAGUACAUUGAGAGGAUGGUCAAGUGGAGGAUCGAGAGGGGUGUGGUGCAGCAGACUGAGAGCUUAGUUCGAGGUUUCUAUGAGGUGGUAGAUGCCAGGCUAGUUUCUGUCUUCGAUGCCCGAGAACUGGAGCUGGUCAUCGCUGGCACCGCUGAAAUAGACCUCAGUGACUGGAGAAACAACACUGAAUACAGAGGCGGGUAUCAUGACAAUCACAUCGUAAUCCGGUGGUUCUGGGCUGCAGUAGAACGAUUCAACAAUGAACAACGACUAAGGUUGUUACAGUUUGUUACAGGCACAUCUAGCAUUCCCUAUGAAGGAUUUGCUUCUCUCCGAGGGAGUAAUGGCCCAAGAAGGUUCUGUGUGGAGAAAUGGGGGAAAAUCACCGCUCUUCCCAGAGCCCAUACUUGCUUUAACCGCCUGGAUCUUCCUCCAUACCCUUCCUUUUCUAUGCUUUAUGAGAAACUCUUGACAGCAGUUGAAGAGACCAGUACGUUUGGACUUGAGUGACCCGGGAGGAGGCUGCUCAACUCUUCGUGGACAGGCAGUUUCAGAAGCCGGCCUCUGAAGAGUGACAGAGCUCUGGUAGUCUGAAGCCCAGGGUUCCAGUAGAACAAACUGAGUGCUGCUCCUCAGCGCUCGUGUGUUUGGGGACUGGCUGCGUGUCCUCUUGGAAGGAUUGGGGUGAGCUCGGUGCCCGUGGAACAACCCAACAGUCUUUCAAUCAACAGUUCUUGACUGCCAAACCUUUUCCAAAUGUUAUGUUUCAAGAUGAAGGUGACCCUGCACAUGAUCAACUCCAUGGUGACCUUUAGGGACUUGAGAGAAUCUUGAAACUCUCCCAUAAAUAUAGUUCAAGCCAAACUGGCAGCACUUGACCCAAUCUCUAAAUUAGCGCAAGUGAAAGAGUAUCAUAAAAAUAUAUAUUUCCCGGAAGUACAUUUGUUUAAGCCCUAAGUUAUAACAGAAUAUUCAUUUCUUGCUUACCAGUGCCUGCAUGGUGUGCACUAUAGGUUUCAACAUUCACAGGACAAGAGUGAAAAUGAAACCAAGUCAGUAUGAAGUAACUUUAAAGAUUUGCAAGAAGGUGGUCUGUAACAAUGUAUAUGCAAGUGGUAUGUGUGUAAUUAUGGCUGAAGACAAACUGUUAUUCAAUGAAUUACUAAUGACAGAUUUUAUGCUUUACAAUGCAUGAAAACAAUUUUAAAAUAACUAGCAAUUAAUCACAGCAUAUCAGGAAAAUGUACACAGUGAGUUCUGUUUAUUUUUAUAGGUUCAUUGUAUUUCUGUUCUUUAAAAUGUAUAUAAGGACCUACAUACCAUAUUGUAUGUACCACCUCUCCAUUUUCAUGUUCCAUGCUUACUCGGGCAUUUUGCUAUGUAUCCUUUUAAACAUGCUCAAGGGAACUAAAGGGCCUUUUAUUUUUAUAAAGGUUAAAAAAAUUCCCCCAAAUAUUUUGCACUGAACGUACCAAAGUCGAAGGGACAUUAUAAUAUGGCUAACAGCAGCUCCAUCACUUGACCAGAACAAUAGAAGUAGCUUCUAAAUCAAACUCCCUUCACAGUGCCAUGUCAACCACUGCAAGGACUGUGCAUCUAAGUAAUAAUUUUUUAAGAUUCACAAUAUGUGAUAGUAUGAUAUGCAUUUAUUUAAAAUGCAUUAGAUUCUCUUCCAUCCAUCAAAUACUUUACCGGAUGGCAUUUAUUACAGAUAUUUCGUAUUCCCCCACUGCUUUUUAUUUGUACAGCACCAUCAAACACAAAGCUUGGUUAGGGAGCCAUCAACAGUGCUGGAGAGAUCAUCUCUCUUAGUAGUAAGAAUUCCACUUUCCCUCAUCAGUGAAGAUACCAUGAAUUGAAACUCUCAGUACUAUAUUUCUAAGCCUGCAUUUUCACUGAUGCAUAAUUUUCUUAUUAAUAUCAAGAAAAUAUUUUCUAUGGUCUCUCAGAAACUGCAUGACAUCACUGACAAGACUUCCUAAUUUGAUGAGAGGAUAUCCUUCAUUUUAAUUGCUUUGGGGACUGUCCCAUGCCGUUGUUUGUUCCUCGAUUUAUGUUAUCACUAACCAGACACACGAUACAGAGACUUGGAAUUGAGGGUGGGACAACCAUUGGAUUAACAUUUAGCUUGCCAGUCUGGGGGGGGUUCUAGGCAUUAUCUGCAUAUUGCUUUGAGAAUCUUGUUUAUGAGUAUCAUGGACUUCCUGUUGUGGGAUGUGGGUGACUUUACAUUUCAUGGGGCACAGUUCUUUUAGAUGUUUUGUAAGAACAGUUACUCUCCUGCUAGUUAAGCUGUGUUUACUGUUGGGACCCUCAAGAGGAAUGACACUCAUGUUGUGUUAUUGUGUUAAAGUACUGGAUGUGGGAAAAUGUUCCAGGAGAAAAAUACUAUAGAAACCUAGAAAAGAUAAGACAGAACAUUUAUUUGUAUACCAUAAUUGGGCCAGAAAAAAAAGAACGACUACAACUUUUUGACUGGAAUUAUUAGUUUGUACUUAUUUGUCAUGAAUACAAGUAUAUAUUUAAUUUUUGCAAA